AAAAACAAUGCUGAGUUGGAUUCGUCGGAUCUCGCGGUUUUUUUACAAUUCUGUUACUGCUGAUUUAUUGGUUACACCCUCAAACAUUGUCCACUUAAAUGCUGCUGGUGAAAAUAUUGUUAUUAGUGUUCGGAAUGUGGGAAAUAGGCGCUACGCAUAUAAACUACUCUGUACCAACAAUACUGACUAUAAUGCUGCAAACCCGUUUGGAUUUUUUGUUCCUAAUACAACAACGAAUUUGCAAAUUAUGCGAAACAAUGGACCAGAGCAUCAGGAUCUGUUACAAAUAAUUGUGGUUCAAGCUUUGGACAAUGAGAACGAUCCGGUGGCAUUGUUGCCUCCUGGAGAUUAUGGACAGUUUGUUUUUCGUAUUCAGUUAGAUGCGUCCAACAGUUUGAGAGAACAACUGGUUGCUAGCAGUGAGCCGGAAUCUGAGUAGAUAAAAUUGAAUUUUAAAAAAUUGGAUUUUAGUUAAUUUAUUUCGUUUUUGUGUGCACCUAUUU